UCCCUCCAACCCUCGUUUUGCUGCCUUGAUCCUCCUUUGCUUGGUUUACCACCUCUCUCUUGCCACCACCGCUAACUAGCUCUUCACCCACUUAAUCGACAGCAUGGAUGACCUCUGCUCAAGAUUUCCAUCCACCAAAGUGUUAGUUUGUGGUGACUGAUAAGCUGAACACCAAUGAAAUAGAAGAAAAGCUCCAAUUCACUCAAGUCUUGGACUUCUCCACACAAGGAAGAAACACACUGGACCUCAUCAUUGCUGACCUGGACCACCACUACCUCUCCACCCUCAGCCACUAGCCCCCAUAAGAUGCAGCACACAUCUUUCUGUCCUGUGGUUGCCCACAUCUCCCACCUUGCCUGUCAAGCACCCAGUCAGCAAGACAUACAGACCCAUGACUGACUCAGCUGUGUGGCAGUUCAAGCAGUGGAUCACACAUCGUCCCUGGACUGAGGUACUCAUUGUUGAGGAUGUACACAACAAAUGGAGCAAUUACCACCGCACCAUCACCACUGCAUACCAUCACUUCUUCCCUGAAAGGUCUCCAAAAACCUACCCAUCAGAUGUCCCUUUGAUCACUCCUAGGAUAAAAUGCCUUGUGCACCAGAGAAAUGGAGCCUAUUUCUUUAAUCCCCCUUUCUUUUACUAACUUCACAACAAAGUCAUACGUGAAAUCAAGGCAGCAAAGAAAUCUUAUAACCCCAACAAAAACAACCUCAAACAAAAAAACAUGAACAGGUGGUACAGCAAGAUUAGGGACAUGUGUGGCCUUGCCAAACACACUACACCUAUCCCAACUUUAGCACACCUACUGGCUUUGCAAGCAGCCAAGGUAAUUAAUUCUCUCUUCUCUGACAUUGUUCAGUUCCUGCCUGACCUGGACCUCACCUCACUCCCUGCCUACCUGCCCACACCUGCACAACUCCCUACAGUAGACGAGUAUGAGAUCCCUCAUGCCCUAAAUAAACUCUAGAUGAGACACUUUACCAUAUCAGUAGACCUCCCAGUCAAAGUAUAUCAAGAAUUCUCUGCUGAAUUAGCUACUCCCCCUCUGCUCAUUAUCAGCAUCUUCCUCCACCAGAGCCAGUGUCCUGCUGAUUGGAAGGUAGCAUAUGCUAACCCAUCCCCAAAACAAGUAGCCUCCAGUCUCUCAGUGACCUCAGACACAUUGCAAUCAUCCCAAUCCCCAGCUUACUCUGCAAAAGAUUUAUCUUCAACUGGGCUUAUUCCCACCAUGUCCCUCUGAUAGACUCACAACAGUUUAGGAACAUCGUCGUCCUCCACCACACACUGCCUUAUUAACCUCCAAGACUACAUCUACUGUAACCUGGAAAAACACACGACCUCAGUAACCCUUGCCUUCACAGACCUUGGCAAAGCCUUUGACCUCAUUCACCACACUUCUGUCAUCAAAAAAUCCAUCAACCUUCAGUUUCCUCCCAGCUUGGUGUCCUGGCUGUCUGAUUUCCUCUUCUACUGGAAUCAGGUGAAGUAUUGAGGAGAGUCAUCCACCCCUCCGCACCUCUCUACUUCCUGGUCCUCAUGAACAAUGCCUUGGCUGACACUAAUGCUUGAUGGAAGUAUGUGGACGAUAACACACUGGCCCCCACCAUUAAUAACGACAGCCUGGACUACACACACUUCCAGCUCCUUGACAUACUCUACACCAUCAAGACCACUGUCAUGCACAUCCACACCUCCACAGACAACAUUUUCCCUCCUGCAGUUUCCAUUAACCCCCUCAAUCCCCUCCAAUUAGUUCACUCUGCCAAACUCCUUGGCCACACAAUAGACAGCAAGCUCACCUGGAACAAGCAUGUCAGUUCCUGCAUCAAAUUGGCCACCUACCAGCUUACCUCCUGAGAAGACUCAAGAAGCUGGGGACUCCAGUGCAUGAGCUGUGUGAUAAGAUGGAGGUGAGAGACUUGGAUGUUGGUGAUCUCUUGGGGCUGUUGGAGAGCCCUCAGGAGGAGGUUGCUCAGGAGGUGCGGUUAUUGCUCAAGGAGACCUUUUCCACUGUACGGGAGUCUUGGCUCAUCACUGGCCUCCUUGAAUACUUUUAUGUCUCUAAUAGUGGUCGUCUGCUUGAUAUACUGUUGGGAGUCAGUGAACCUCAUGACCGUCACCUGCUGGACAAACUGAUGGAGGGUCUGAAAGGACAGGACCGUUUCCGCCACACCUGCAUCCUUCUCUAUGCCGUCCGUCGUCAGCCUCCACCAACUUGGCUGCAGAGGUUUCUCAAUCAUGGGGCCAUGAAGGAACUAUUACGUGUGUUAGCUGGAGAUGAGGAUGUACCAGUAUUGGUCGGAGCAGUCAUGGUGAUAGUUAUUCUUAUGCCCAUACUACCACAUGAAAUGGGACGCCUACAUCUUGGCAAUAUUUUGGACAUAUUCUGCCGGCUGGUUCGCUGGACACCAAAGAGAGAAAUUGAUGAGGCCUUUCAGCCAUUCUUACAGGUGGCAGUAUACUCACUUUUUCACCGAUUAUAUGCCUUGUACCCGUGUCAUUUCCUAACUUGUUUGAGAACUAGUUUUUCAAAGCCAAAUUCAGCUGCCUGUUUUUUUACUACUCUGAAACCAAUGAUGGAGAAGGUUCGCCUCCACCCUUUGCUGAUAACUGAAACUAAGGACUCUGAAUUAACCCGAAAUAGAUGGAAAGGACUUGAAACUCAUCAGCUGAUUCUUGAAUGUGCCAAAUUAUGUUUAGACCCAGUGGAAUUAACCUGUGAAGAUACUUGUGGCUCCUUUUUCAUUUUAACCAUGAAUAGUGAAUCGGCUCUUGAGGCUGUGCCCAUCCCAACACAGUGGCUCUUGUAUGCUGCAGAAAAUCAUUUCUGGUCUCCUAGUUUGGCUAUGCAGUCACCAGGUAGCCUUUCUUCAACACCUCGUGGUUCAUCCUCUGUGCCUCACACACCAGUAUACCCUAUAAAUGCUCCUGCCUUGAAACAGAUUGGAAGAGUGGCAGAAUCUCCCCCUGAGGCAGCCAUAGAGGCCACUCCAGAAACCACACCUUUCACAUCACCAAUGAAGAUGGAUAGCAGCAGUGUAGUAGGGCGUCGACCCAAUACUGCAGUGUGUGCCUUAGCCCUUAACACGGUUGCAGGAAAGGACAAUACAAGUAACCAAACACCAGAGGUAGAGGCGAGCUCCAGUCCCUUGUCACCUAAAAGGAAAGAUCAGUCUCCAUUUAAGUUCCCAGAUGAUCAUUACCAGAAUAUAUUUUCCAGGGCAGAACGUUCAAGCCUCAUUAAUAGCAAAUUACAGGAGAUACUUAAAGAAAGGAAACAGAUCCAGAGGGAAAAUGCUCAAACAACAGAGGAUAAAGUUGAAACAGAUAGCAAAGAGGGAUCAGGCAAGGAAGUGAAAGAAGGGAGAGAGAAGGAAAAGACUACAGUCACAUUGAGAAAGGUCAUGAUAGAAAAGCAGGUUGUGGUAGAAAAACAGGGUGUAAAUGUAGUUGAAAGUGAAGUUGGUGCAAAAGCAAGUGAUAUCCAAGUGCCUCUUGUAGAUCAAGGAAAUAGGAGGCGCAAAAUAUCAAUGUAUGAUAAUAGUAAAAUUGAUUUUGGACAGCUGGUAGUUUCAGUAGAUCAGAUUUCCAAUGGUAAUGAUUUGGACUUCAUGCAAAGUACCGACCGGAACUUUGAAAUGGAAAGUGAUGACAGAAACAGUAGACCUUACUCUAUUCUUGAUACUAGAAUAUCUGAAGAAAAGGAAUCCAUUGGUAGUGACAGUAGAAGAUCCUCUGAUGAAAACCAAAAUGAACCUUGUGAUAGAGACUGUGAUGAGAUGGAAAAUCUUGGAUUGGGAGUUCCAAAUCAGAGGUCUAUGACUGAUUUAGUCAAGAAUAUGAAAACUAUGAGAUUAAGGUUUUUGAGCCAAUGUGGUCCCCCACCAGACCUAUCACAGUACAACACUAUGGGUAUGGUACGGGCUGCAGUUUCUCCCACCAAACCUGGCUUUACACCAUUUAGAGGUUUGUAUGCAAGUUCAUCUUGUCCAGACUUGGCUGUAGACAACAGUUCCUUAGCAGCUAGUGUACCUGAUGGCCGCACCAGGAAAGAAUCGGCCUUGUCCUCUCUUACACUUUCUCCAAUAAGGCAAGCAGUUGUGACAAGUGAAGCCACAACACAAACUGAAGAGAUUACUGUUGUCAAUCCUUAUGAACAGCUCCUUGAUGCUCUACUCUCAGGAUCUACUUCUGCAAAUAAGCCAAAAACAUCAGAUAAUGCAACUAAUGAAGCAGAUGCAUCAAAUAAGUCUCCUUAUGAACUACUAGAUCAGUAUCUUCAACUCUCAUCAAAGAUUGGCAGUGAGAGCAAGAAUAUACUGUGGCAACAGACAAGUCAUUUAGGAAUUCCUUUUGAAGGACUUAGAAACCAGAUCCGUGUGCUCCAGGUUUUGUUACUCAUAGAAAGAUAUAAACGUGAAGUACACGCUGAACGGAAUCGCAGGCUUUUGGGUCGAGCUAAGAAAGUUUAUGCACUUGAAGAGCAACAUCGUGGGUUACAAGCUAAAGUUCUUCACCUAGAAGAGGAGGUUGCUCAUCUGAGGUUGGAGUUGUCAAAUUUACAGACGAGUUCAUCUACCAAAGAGCAACAGCUUCAAUCUGCUCUUUCCAAGCAGGAAGCUAGAGUGAAUCAGAUUCUUGCUGAGCGUGAUAAUGCUCAGGAAGACAGAGAUGUGUUGAAAAAACAGUGCAGUUCAUUAACUAAUGAGAAUUCAAAAUUGACCUCUCAAAUACAAGGUGUUCAAGCUGCUCUUUUUGAUAAAGACCGACAAUUGACCUUACAAGCACGGAUGUCAGAAGAUAAUGAAAUACUGCGCAACCAAAUGGAUGAGCUGCACAAACGCAUUUGUCUGAUGGGUGAAGUUCAAGAUCAUUACAAACAAGAAAUAACAAAAUUGACCCUGACAGGGGGUCCUUCUGCAAAAGUUGGGCUAGAGUUGGAACGUGCAUCUGCCCAGCAACAGAUAGAAUCACUUGAGGAGCGGUCUCGUAUUACUGCUGCUGCUCUUGAUGCUGCUCUUAGUCGUGUGGGAGAACUUGAAGCUCUUUAUGAAGAAAAAUGUAAGCAGGUAGAGCAAGAACAAGCAGCAGUAAGGGCUGCUAGAGAGGCUGGGGCUGAACAGUGUCGAGCAGUAGAACUUCGCUGUCAGGCUUUAUCAUCCACCAAUCAGACUUUGGAAAGUGCCAUUUUGGAACAACAUGACAAGAAUGAUAGGCUAGUAAGGCAGGUGAGGAGAUCACAGAGGGGAAAAUCAGUCUGCAGUGAUGGUUUUGAUAUCGACUGUGAAUUAUCUGCCUCUCCUGGUGCUGGAGCCGACAGUGGUGCAGUGGCAGCAUCGGAGGGACAUAUCCAAGGCGUAAAGAAAGGUUCACUCCUUGCCAGGCAGCCAGUGGUUCUAAAUAAACUUGAUACUUUUGCUGAACCUGAAUUAGAGUCAGAAGGUCCUCAUCGUAGAAAGACCUAAUUGAUACAAAUGGUUGCCUCUCUUGCAUUAAGCUUUGACCUAAGCUGUAAAUUUUGACCAAAAUAUUUCUGCACCAAAAACUGAAAAAUCAUAUUUUGGAAAAGUAUUAAUUUUUGGGGGGCACUGCAUUCAUGAAAAAAAUGUUAGGGAAUAUUGAGAUAAUUUGAUGUUCCUCACGAAAACAAAUGUUAAAGUUUGGAAGAAAAUUCUAAAGGUAAUACAAGUUUAGAAUGGUUAUGUUCUGAGUGUUAAGGCUUAUGGUGGUGCAACAUUAAAAAUUGAGUAAUCAUGAGUAUUCACUGUAGUAACAAUGUGUUUUCAACAUUUUAAUAUGGUGAUUAGUGAUGGUUUAAAUAUGUAUGUAGUAAAUUGUUUUGUAAGUUUUGUGGAACUGUGCUGCUAUUAUUGUCAGGUGAGAGGGCACAACAAAGUGUCAGUACUAGGUAUAGACAUGUCCUAUAAGAGAUUAAUACUCUUUCCUUGCAAGUGUUGUCUUGUGUGGUUUCCUUUAUUUUGGUUCUCUCUUUUACAUACAUAGUAUCAUUUAAAGGUUUCAUUAUAAUUCGAGUCCAAGGCUGCAUGUUAACUAUUUUAUUCUAUAAAAUCAUAUGCAUAUGUUUAUGAAAAAAUUUUGCUCAAUUUUCAUAAAAUGUUGAAAUUAGUAGAAUACUGAUGUAAUCACUGGGUUGUCUGUUAUUGUAACAUAUUUGGAUGGUGUUUAUUAACUCUCCAUUGUUACAAAGAAAUAUCUUUUAUUGAAUGGUCUACAAUAGACAUGUUAUUAUUGACUUUGUCUAGAGUGUUAUUCUUGAUUAAGUGAUUUUAUGUUCAUCUGGGAACAGAGUACUCUUAAAAUGUUGAUGUGUAAGGAAUGUUCAGUUUGAUUUUUUUUUAAUUUUCUCUUGUGAGCUGUAGCUUUUCAUAAAAUUUAGUAGCACUGCAAUAAUCCAUCAGAAUUGCUGUACCCAAGCUUAACAACCUUGUUUUCCAAAAGAAGAAUUGUAAAACAAUUACAUUGGAAUUAUAGGUAUACUUUAUCCUUUGAAGCAUAAUCCUCGAGUCUAGAUGAACAUUAUAGUAGUGUAGUGGUUGGCUUUCAAGUAAGGAGAAAUUUUGAGAGAUUCAGCUUUCUUCCAUGUUGUGUGACACAUUCACCCAUAUUUACAACAUAUUGGGCCAAGAUCCCCAGAAAGAGUACUUGGACAAGGCACACACACACACACACACACACACACACACACACACACACACACACACACACACACACACACACACACACAUUCUGCAAGACUAAACUAAAAUUCUCAUUUAAAGAUAGAAUCUACAGGUGAUAAAUGGUUGAUUAUUAUUAUUAUUAUUUUUAUUUAUUUAUUUUUAUUUAUUUAUUUUUUUCCUGACAUUCUGGGCAUUAUUUUUUCAGCUUGACUACUUCCUCUAUGCAGAUUCAAUUGAAAAUUUGUCCACGCACAGUUGAAGCUUAGUGAGUUUCUUUGAUGUCCACCAACUGCCUCCCUUGGAGGCUGUAAUCUAUGCUACCUUUCAAUUGUGCUUCAUUUGUAAUCUGUACAGUAGUGUGUAAGGAUAUCCUCUUGCCCUCUACCUCAGAAUACAUCUUAAUGUACAUUCUGGACUGUCUCUGAUGUACAUUUGAUCUCUAAGACUUUAGAUGAUCUUGAUCAGUUUCCCUGAUGUCUGGAAUUCCUCAGGUGAAUUAAAUUGGCAGGGAACCUGGCUGUCUCUAUCUUUGUUUGGGUUGUUCUUAGUUUCUGGAAGAAAUAAUGAGGUUCUGAAAGCUUUUGAAAUGUCCAUUCAUUAACUAUUAAUUCUGUUAACCUUGUCCUCCAAGAUUGGUGCUGCCAUUCUUUAGUGUUACUAUCUGUUGCUUAUAUAUAUAUAUAUAUAUAUAUAUAUAUAUAUAUAUAUAUAUAUAUAUAUAUAUAUAUAUAUAUAUAUAUAUAUAUAUAUAUAUAUAUAUAUAUAUAUAUAUAUAUAUAUAUAUAUAUAUAUAAUAUAAUAAUAUAAUUUUUUAUUUAUUUUUUUUAUUUAUUUUUUUUUCCUCAAAUAGAUAAUGGUCUAUUCUUUAGACACUACUGUUUGCUCACCUAUGUUACUCUUGUCCUCAUGCAUUCAGUCCCCUUCACACAGCUAAUGUGAUUCCAUAUCCACCACCACCACCUGUUUGAUGUCUUCCUACUCUUCAGGUCAUAGAAGUAUGUUAGGAAGAUCACUGCAGGCUGGAUGAGUUGUGGAAUCAGGCAGGGUUUCCAGUGUGGUUGCUACUGACUGAUUAUGGGGUGCAGAAGUUGUAAUUCCAACCUGUCUACAUAGAAUAUUUUAAUACAACCAAAAUUCUUAUUGCUAAUGUAAAGCAAAACUGACUUGGAGGUACAGUUGUAACUAAAAUAAAUUUAUUAAUCUUCCAGUAUCAUUCAAGAAGGCAACACCCAUAACACGCGUGCAUUGGUUGUUUGGUCACUGACAUUGAUGUGAAUCAAUACCAUUGAUAACAAGUACUGUACAUGUGUGUUUAUUACUGAUCACUUAUGGUUUGAAAUCACUGUGCAUCAGUAUUAAGUUUUUAUGCAGCUCCAAAGGUAAAACACAGGAAAGGAAAGCUGAAGGCAUUUUUGCCAUUUAAUGCCCUGAUUACCUUAACUAGUUGUGCUGUCCUGCCAUAAAGUUUGUCCAGACUCUUAGGUGCAAGCUUUAGAUGGAUAAAGUAUAAUUAUUUAAUUACCAUUGUGGAUCACAGGAAAUGAAUACCCAAAGGAUAUGAAUAACAUAUUAAUAAGGUUACCAUUAACAAUACUUUUCACAUGCUCUCAUUGUGAUGUUUGUGAUGGUUUGAUCAGUUGCUAGUCAAGACCUGCGAGAUGAAAAGUAUAUGUGCUGGUCCCAACUGUUGUUUUUCUUGAAGAUUUUUCAGUGUAUUAAAAAAAUAAUAAUAAUGUAAGAUAAAUGUUUCAAGUGUAGAUUAUGGUAAAAUGAGAAAUUGAAGUUAUUCAUAAAUGAAUGAAUAGUAGAAAUCAGGACGCUGGAGAUGCAUGUGUAUGAUAUGUUUUUAAAGCAAUCAUGGUGAUGUUUGCAUGGCAGAGAUAAUUUUAUGUACUGCAAAUAAUUAACAUUGUUCAUUUUGUAUUCCACAAAUCAUUUAUUUGCUAUUGGUAUAUGAUGUUCAGAUUCAUCAUUUUCAUGACUUCAUAAUUCUGUUUGGCUGCAAAGGGAAAAAGUUUGAGAUUAUGUAGCUCAAAUAUGCAAGUUAUAAAGAGUAAUGGUGGUUGCCAGGCACAAGAUAAGCAAAAAUGCAUGCAAUUCCACUAAAUUAAAAUUGUGACAUUCUCAUAAUAUGUAUAGGUAUGUAAUUAUUAUUUUUUUUACUUCACAUUAUUUUGAAAGUGAUUGACAGGUAACUAUUAGAUUAAAAUUUGUACCACAUAUCUCACAUCUGUGCUUGUCUUACUGAAGUUACUUAAAUUGCUUGAAGAAAUAAAUAAAUUUUUGUAUCUGAAACAUUUUCACAUUAUAUAUAUGAUAAUGUAUUUGCUUAUAUUUUUUUUAUACAGGUUUAUCUUUGAAAGAGAACAGUGAUA